UCUCUUUCAGUCAGAUUGCCAAGUCCACCUACAACCCCAGAUAAUCCCCCCAAACAUGGAGGAGUACAUGAGCAGCCUCCUGACAGCAGUGCUCCCCUCUGUGCUCAACAAAUUCCGAAUUUACCUGAGCUUGCUGAGGCUGCUGGACUACAGUAUAUCUGAUGAAGUGACCAAGGCAGUGGAAGAGGACUUUGUAGAGAUGCGCAAGAACGACCCCGAGAGCAUCACAGCUGAUGACCUGCACAAGACACUGCUCGUGGCAAGGUGGGUGCUGCUCCUUGUCCUGCCUGUUUCUGUCCUUCCCAGGAAGCUGCUGUUUGCAGCUGGAUGCUCAGCCUGCAGCUGGAUUUAGCUGUGCCAGGCUGGC